AUGAAAGGAAAUGCAAGUGAGAUUGUUAUUUGUCCUAAACCAAGAAGAGUUAGGGUUUUUCCAGCAAAGUCAUUGAGAUGGAAAUGUUGGCAACAAGGUGAAGAGUCAAAUUCAAAAGCAGAGACAAAACAUUUAGACAUCAAUUCUUUGAUCCAAGAUAGAGAUGUUUCGUCACCCCCAUUUUUUCUUGGCUCUCCUCCUAUCAGAGUUGAUAACCCUUUGAUCCAAGAUGCAGAAUUUGGAUAUCAAAAACAUGCAUCUCAGAUUUCAUCGUCUCCUUCUUCUGUUUCAUCGUCUUCCCCACUCAGAAAAGGAGGCUGUGUGAGAAUGAGUUUUGGAAUCAAAUCAGCUGCUGUUAGAGUAGUAGGGUUUGAUUGCCAUGUUGGAACUUUUGUUUGA